AUGAAUUUGAGUUUCCGUUACAGUGCAGUUACCUGGAGGAAAUUUGGGCUACGAUUGAACAUCACACCCGCACUUAGCUUUAAUCGCAAAAUGAGUUCUUACGAAACAUUGAACACCAGUUUUGUCAAGCCUGUCUUAGAUGACAGAAACUACCGGUACAUCCAAUUGCCUAACAAGCUGAAAGCGCUAGUAAUCCAGGACAAAGACGCAGACAAAGCGGCCGCUGCGCUUGACGUAAACGUUGGUGCAUUUGAAGACCCUGAAAAUUUGCCCGGUUUAGCUCACUUUUGCGAGCACUUACUGUUUAUGGGGAGCUCUAAAUUUCCAAACGAAAACGAGUACUCGAGUUUCCUCAGCAAACACGGUGGGUCUUCGAAUGCGUACACCGGUUCCCAAAACACCAAUUACUUUUUCCAGGUCAAUCAUGAGAAUUUGAAAGGUGCGCUCGACAGGUUUUCCGGGUUUUUCACUUGUCCUCUUUUCAAUAAGGACUCCACAGACAAAGAAAUCAAUGCAGUUGACAGCGAAAACAAGAAGAAUUUGCAAAGCGAUCUAUGGCGGUUGUAUCAGCUGGACAAAUCGCUCACGAAUCCUGAGCAUCCUUUCCACAAAUUUUCUACGGGGAACAUCAAGACCCUGGGAGAGAUACCCAAAUCUGAAAACAUCGACAUUCGGGAUGAAUUGCUGAAAUUUUACGAUUCCUCUUAUUCCGCUAACAUCAUGAAACUCUGUAUUCUGGGACGUGAAGAUCUGGAUACGUUGUCUCAAUGGGUGUUUGAAUUGUUCAAAGAUGUUGCGAACAAGGACCGGCCUGCACCCCAUUAUCCAGCUCAAAUGCUCAAACCCGAAAAUUUAACAAAAAUUGUUUAUGCAAAACCCGUGAAAAACCUGAGAAAGCUCGAGGUUACUUUUACAGUGCCUGACAUGGAUCUGCACUGGGAUUCUCAACCUCAACAUGUUUUGAGUCAUCUUAUCGGGCAUGAAGGUUCAGGCUCACUCCUAGCCUACCUCAAGACCAAAGGAUGGGCUAACGAGCUAUCAGCUGGUGGACACACUGUGUCCAAGGAUAAUGCUUGCUUUUCUGUUGACGUGGAUCUAACUGAUGAAGGAAUAAAAAAUUAUAAACGAGUAGUGCAUCUGAUCUUUCAAUACAUUCAGUUGCUGAAGAACGAGUUGCCUCAGGAAUGGAUCCACACAGAGUUAAGAGAUAUCGCGGAAGCUAACUUCAGAUACAAACAGAAGGAAAAUCCUGCUUCCACGGUGUCGGCUAUGGCUAAACUGAUGGAAAAAGAGUUUAUUCCUGUAGAAAAUAUCUUGAGCACAAGCUUGAUGAGGAAGCAUGAUCCAAGUCUAGUGGUUGACUACGUUAAACAUCUCACUCCCGAAAAUUCGAGGGUGUGUUUGGUUCACAAGGGUGUUGAAACCGACCAGAAAGAAAAAUGGUAUGGAACCGAGUAUAAGAUCGAAGAAUACCCUGAAGAUCUGAAAAAGUUGUUGAGUGAUCCGGGGUUGAACUCUCACAUGCAUCUGCCUCGCCACAAUGAAUUCAUCUGCACACAUUUUGAUGUUGAGAAAUUGAAUACUGUCGAGCCACAGCCAGAGCCAAAGCUGCUCAAAAGUGACGACCAGUGUAAACUGUGGUACAAGAAAGACGAUAGAUUUUGGGUACCUAAAGGUCACAUCUAUAUUUCGAUAAAGUUGGCCCACACUCAUUCAAGUGCGGUAAACAGCAUGCUCACAUCCCUUUACGUCGAGCUUGUUAACGAUUAUUUGAAAGACCUUGAAUACGACGCACAAGUGGCGAGUCUACAUGUGUCCUUCCGCAAAACUAAUCAGGGCCUUGAUUUGUCCUUGAGCGGCUUCAAUGAAAAACUGGCCAUAUUGUUGACGAGAUUUUUGGAGGGUAUAAGCGCUUUUAGACCCACUGAGUCGCGCUUCAAAAUCUUCAAGGAUAAGCUAACUCAGAAGUUGGAGAAUCAUCUAUACGAAGUUCCCUAUGCGCAGGUUUCCGAUGUUUAUAACUCUCUCAUCAAUGACAGGUCCUGGCCGGUAAGAGAAAAGGUGGCCGUUUUGCAGCAGCUGACUUUCCAACACUUGCAAAACUUUAUACCAACGAUCUAUGAACAGCUCUUCUAUGAAACCUUGGUGCACGGCAACUUUAAUCGCGAUGUUGCAUUUGAAAUUAAUGAUCUUGUCAAAAUCCUCACGUCCAAUUCAAUCAAGAAUCUGCAGGUCAGAAACGCCAGACUGCGUUCUCACGUGUUACCUGAGGGAAAAGAGUUCCGUUACGAAGUCUCCUUGGCAGAUUCCAACAAUGUCAACUCCUGUAUUCAGCAUGUUAUUCAGCUGGGUGUUUACUCUGAGGAGUUGUCUGCGAAAGCCGCAUUUCUAGCGCAACUCAUUGACGAGCCAGCUUUCAAUACUCUGAGAACGAAAGAGCAGCUGGGAUAUGUGGUGUUCAGUUCAGCGCUCAGCACCCACGGUUCCGUCAACAUGAGAAUUCUAAUCCAGUCUGAGAGGAGCACAUACUACUUGGAGUCAAGAAUCGACGCCUUUUUGAAAUCGUUUGGCGAAAAGCUUGCAAAUAUGUCCGAAGAAGAGUUGAACAGACACAAGACAGCGUUGUGCAAAACAAUGGUACAGCGAUUCAAGAACCUCGACGAGGAGCAUUCCAGAUUUGCGACUUCGAUCUACAUGGGCGACUACAAUUUCCAGAAUAAAGAACGCAGGGCGGCGCUCGUUGAAAAGCUAUCGAAGUCGGAUAUACUCGAGGUCUAUCACAAACUCGUGGAUCGCAAGGUACUGCCAAGACUGGUAGUCCACUUGAAAUCCCAAAUACAACCCAGCAAAGAACAAGACAAAGAGUCCCCUGAGGGUUAUCCGUCGGGUCAACUUAUCACUGACAUCGGUGACUUCAAGAGCCAACUGUACCUGGGUCCAGUGAGACAACCCGUGCCCCGGCCAGAGGCCCUUGCAAAACUGUAA